ACUCCGUACGUACUGUGCGUGACAUCAUGCUCAAUAAAAUUUGAGUUUCCUGUUGGGUCCAACAGUGAUUGGCUGAAGUCAGAAAGUGCUGCGCUCCUAUUGGCUACAGCAGCUGUCACUCACCCCACGCUGCCAAUACACUUAAUCACUGACCUACUAACAUAGAUCCAUGAGUCACUGGCCACCUUGAGAGGAAAAAAGCCCAGGAAGAGAAGGGUUAGUUUGGAAGUUUUAUUUCUUUGGAAGUGGACGGAAAACGCGCGCGGGCUCUCUGGGUUUGACGCGCGGCGGAACCCCGGACCGAACCACCGAGCAGCCGGAAAGUCAUCAUUACUAUGGUGGAGGAAAAAAGAAUGUAAGCCACGGAGCAGAUUCCUUCAUCGGGCUGGAUUCAUCCAGCGUGGGAGCUGCCGACCAGCAGGAUGGUGAACAGUUAGACCCGUGGACACGGUGACUGUAGCAAACACCCAUAAUAUGCAAUCCAUCAAGCAGGAAACGGACUCUGGUGAGUCCUACAGCGGAGAGGAUGCUCUGCUCCUGGCCGUGGCCUUACAAGGGCCCAACCCAGACCUGAUGGGCCACAACAUCUCCGCAGUUCCCUUCAAGGCCAAAAUGAUGUGUCGCAGGAAGAGGGAGUUCAUCCCGGAGGAGAAGAAGGACACCGUUUACUGGGAGAGACGGCGUAAAAACAACGAGGCCGCCAAGCGCUCCAGGGAGAAGCGCAGGAUCAACGACAUGGUGCUGGAGAACAAGCUGAUGGCUCUCGGGGAGGAGAACGCGUCUCUGAAGGCGGAGCUGCUGUCACUGAAGCUGAAGUUUGGCCUGGUGAGCUCAGCGGCGUACGCCCAGGAAGUCCAGAAGCUCUCCAGCUCCUCCUCCGCCAGCUGCCAGCGGCCGUUUCUUUCCCCUCAUGGCGGCCAGGAGCCUCUGCCGCUUCGCAGCAGCUGCAUAUCCGUCAUCAAACACUCGCCUCUCCUUCCUGAGACGACUCAGGGGCGCUUCGCCGUCUGCAGGACGGCCGACAUCAAGCAGGAACCAGCAGAAAACGGCAGCUAUGCCCAGGAGAGAAGCAGUCCGUAUGAACUGUACAGAAACUGCAUGGCCAGCCGUCUGUCGGACGUCUACUCCCAGCCCGCCUCCUUCAUGCAGGCCACUCGCUCGUCCAGUAACUCGCCCAGAACCUCCGAAGAUGGAGCCGUAUGCAAAUCGUCAGACGGCGAGGACGAGCAGCAGGUCCCCAAAGGGUUAACCCCAUCUGUAGCCGACCCCCGGAGCGUCAUCGUCUCCACACACAACGUGCCUGACACCGGUUCUGCCGCUUUGCCCCACAAGCUCCGGAUCAAAUCCAGAACCACUCAAAUCAAAGUGGAGGCCGUGGACCCAGAGUACGAGUCCUCUGGAAAGUCCUCCUCUCCGGUCAGCGCUUCAGAGGGCGACUGCUACCAGAACAGUGUGGACCAAUCAGAGUACACGCAGGCCCCCCACUGCCCUCUGUCCCUGCAGGUCACCCGCAUGCAGCACUGGACCCAGCGUUCUGGAAGCAAGCAAAACCCCGGCUCCGCCCCCACCCAGACCUUUCUGGAUGUACAAGAAACUUGGUGUGGAGCCUCAGAUGUGGAGGGCUCCAGCGCUGCGCCCGCCGAUGUGGCCUCUUCGAACAACCUCCCCCCAGCAGAGCCAGUCUCUGCGAUGGCGCCCUCCCACCGUGACGCUGACGUUUGACUUCCCGCCGUGUGACGUGGAUGACGGCACCCGGACUGUUCGUGCUUCGGCCUGUAACACAAACCUGCUUCUCGUUCACUGCAGACCUUUUCUCCGGCUCGUGGAGUCGCUGCGGAUGAACUGAAACCUGCCGCGGUGUUUAAUCUGGAGGCUGGAAGUCCGGGAAUUUACUGUAACGUGUUGUAUAACAGGGAAGGCUUUGAUGUGUGACACACUGUUGUGUAUAAAGUGUUUUUUCAUCAUUCACUUGGCUCCACCUACCUUAAAAAAAACCUGCUGGAAAAAGCCCAGUUAGUAGCUUCUGUUCCCAACGUGGUCAUUUUCCACUCGGAACGGGCGUCUCGCCUGGAUUUGCCUUAAAGCAGAAAUUCCUCACGUUUGUAAAGAUGAAUUUUUCAUCCAUCUGUGCAUUAACAGAUUUAAGAAAAUGAACAGUUAGACUUUCACCUUUUCUUACAAGACCAUUCCUGACUUUGCUAUAAAUAGCAUUAAAAAAUCAAUUUCUAUGAUCUCAGUGUCCAAAGUUAAUCUACAGUUAUUGUUCCUUAUUAAGUGAUUCAAAGUAUUACUUUUAGUAAUAGUUCAAUUAGCCUUAUUUGACUUACUAUAUUAAUGAGUGUAUUAAGUCAAAUAAAGCAUCUCAUAUAAGCAGGGUGUGUUUUUUGCAGCCGUUUGCCCAACAAGUUCAACAUUUCAUGUAAUGGUGAGUUUUUGUUUACAAUAAAUGUCUUGUCACUGAA